CGCGGAUAAAAAUUAUUAUAACAGUACUAUGUGUACGACUGAUUUACUGUGAAACAAAUACGACAUAAAGUAGCUAUAAGUAACAAUAAAAGAAGCAGUGUUUGUGUUGUGGCAGCCAUCUUGGAAUCCUAACGCAGCAUUCCCGUUGAAGGACCUCGUAAAUUCCAAGUUCCGAUUAGCCAAAACUCCUUAAAGAAGUGUUCCUUUCUGCUCAUGAUGUAAGGCUGUAGUUAGUGAAUAAUGCAACGAAACGUUAGCCAACGUUAGCUAAAACAUGCUAAAACAUUGCUGUCAGCAGCUUUACGUUUUCAGUGUCAUCACUUUGUUUUUCUUUAUCACCAGAAACUUACUGAAAGAGGAGCACAGCACAGAGGAGCUCUGUCCGUCCACUUCCCUGCCACACAGGAGCAAAACCCCGAGACAGCAGCAAUUCAGGAAUCGUGGGCUCCCAAACCCUGCAAUGUUCUGCUACAUGAACUCCUGCCUGCAGAGCCUCCUCACACUGAAGGACUUUGUCAGAGACAUGGGCAGUCAGGAGCUGGUCCAGGCUCUAAUCCCUGAGACAAAGCUCAUGAGAUCAUUUUUGGACAUCAGUAAAUUUCACUUGUCUGAUGAUACUCAUAAAAUGGAGCUCCUCCAUGCCUUUAAGAGUGAGGUGGCUCUGCAGAAUCCAGAGUUUUGUGAUCACCAACAGAAAGACGCUCAUGAGUUCCUCAUUGCUGUGCUCGAGCAGAUGAGGAAACUGGGGAAAAAGGCUGUGAAAAUGGGCCAAGACUACAGGUGUCCAGUGACCAAACAUAUGAUGUUCAAAAUGAGGAACACGAGAACAUGCAAGACGUGCGGUGCUAAAUCAGAACGACUGGAGUUAUUUUCAAACCUGUCCCUGGACUUGACCCCUGGAGCAACAGUGAAACAACUGCUCAAUAAUUACAGACGAGAGAUGGAGUUGGAUUACAAGUGCGAUUGCGGUGCAUGUACAUCGGUCCAGCGCUCGACAUUUGCCACGUUGCCAAAAGUGUUGAUCUUACAACUCAAGCGCUUCAAGUUUACCGAGGACUUGGAGGUGACAAAGGUAUACGACAAUAUCAUCCUCCAACGAGAGCUGCAUUUGUCGUCCAGAAAGGGUGCCGUCUCCUACAUGUUGGUCAGCUGCAUUAGCCAUUUGAGCAGCUCAGCAAGAAUUGGACACUACAUCUGUGACGGGGUGUAUCCAGAUGCUGGACAGGCGGACCUCGCAGACCUCUGGCACACCUACGAUGACAGUUUUGUCAGAGAAACGUGCGCCGCCUCCGUGUGCAAACUGCGGGGAGAAUAUGCUUAUAUAUUAUUUUACCAACGACAGGACUAGACCGUGGCAUUUUUCACAGGAAUCACAGGUGUAAAUGCGUAACCAGGGACCUUUCGUUCCAAAAACAAUGUCAUACCUGUCUCUCUUAUCUUAGCCCAGAGAGUCAUCCAGGGAUGAUUUGUGUCAAGACACAGAUCGUGACAGAAGACACUUAGUCGUGACUAGGAGAGGGAACGACUGUCCAUGCGUCACAACUUAGUGUACAACUAUAGCCACUUUAUUAGGUACACCUGUGGAACUGCAUGUUAAAGCAAACAUGUAUGUAGACACGGUGAGCUGCUGAAGUUCAAAAUGAGCACCGAAAUGAGCAGGAAAGGUGAUUUAUGUGACUUUGAAUGUGGCAUGGCUGUUGGUGCCAGACAGCACUGAGGAUCUUACGGGGAUUUGAACGCACAACCAUGUCGGAAUAGUCAGGAACAAGAGAGAAUUAUCCAGUGAGCAGCAGUUCUCUGGGUGAAAAUGCCUUGUUGAUGCCAGAUGAGGUCAGAGGAUGGAAUGACCAGACUGGUUCCAGAUGACAGAAAGGCAACAGUCAUUCAAACGACCACUUCUUACAACCAAGGUAUGAAGAGCAGCGUUUGGGAACACACAACAUGUCAAACCCUUGAAACAGAUUUGACGACAGCAGCUGUGCUUCGCUGGCCCAAACUCACCGCCGAGUGAAACUGGGCGCUUUUAACUUCACAGUAUUGGACCAACAAGUAACUCUGGUUCUCUUUAAACUCAGGUUUCUUCUCUUGCACUUUAAGUCUGAUUUUUUAAUUUAGAUUUUUUAUUAUUUAUACUGUUGUUUUUACUGUUUUGUGGAUGACGUUG